AUGGAUUCACAAAUAAUAUUUUCUAGAUAAGUAACAAUAGAAGAUUGGAAACAAGAGAAAUUAAACUAAUAAGUAGUUUUAAUUUUAGGAGUUGGAGGUAUAGGUUCUGUAGCAACAACUAACUUACUCAGAUUAGGUGUUAAAAAGAUCUUUAUGGUGGAUUAUGACCAUGUUGAACUUCAUAACUUAAAUAGAUAGACACUAUUUUCAAAGUAAAUGAAUAAUUUUAGUAUUUUAGUAAAGAUGUUAAUCAUUAGAAAGUUGAAGCAGCUCUUUAAAAUGCUUAAUUUCAUAAUGUAGGAAAUACAGAAAUUAAAAUUUUUGAUUUAGAUGCUGUCUAAAAUUGGGAUAAGAUUGUUGAAUUAGCAUCUUAAUCAACUGUGAUUUUUAAUUGCAUUGAUUAUGGAGAUUAUUGGGAUGCUGCAGUAUAAAGUUUAUGUCUUUAUUACAAUAUUCCAAUGAUUAUUGCUGGAAGUUUUGCACAAUCUUUUAUGGCUGAAAUCUAUUUAGGAACACCUUGUUAUGUAUGUAUGACAGAUGGUCUAAAAGAAGAAUAUUUAAAUCAAAUAAGUAAAGAAAACAUUACCUCAGUUAAAAAUAUUUCAUUUUUACCUCAAAAUAAUAAACCAUAAGGUAAAUCUCAUCAAGUAUUAUGUUCAACUGCUGGUAAUUUUGCUACAUAAUUAUUUUUAAACUACAUUAAUGUUUUGGAAGGCAGUUAAACAACCAAGUAAGAAAUUUAAUAUGAAAUUUUAGAAAAGUUUUGUUUUAUUUAACAACAUUUGAAGUUGUAAAUUUUCCCGUUUUCUCAAAAAACAAUUGUUCUAUUUGUAGAUAUUAAGAGCCUAUAAAAGAGUAGUAAACAUUAUCAACAGAAACUAACUAAGAACAAAAAUGAG